AUGCUACCCUCAUUCAGUGAAUUGACUAAAGAGUUGGAUGAAGGAUCAGUUGUUCAUCAAGGGUAUGGUUAUCUCAGAUCGCCGUCUAUGGCAAGCUUUAAUCACAACCGCUAUAGUUGCGGUAACUUGAAAACCCAUGAAAACUAUGAUUAUUGCAGCUCUCAGCCACGAGUGUAUGAAUUUCCUGCUAUGGAGAACCAUCAGUUAGAGUUGUUAAAGGAAUCUUGUGGACCAGACUUGAAAUCGCAAAGCAGUGUAUCUCCUAGUCUUUCUCCUUAUCUUGCAAAUCUGGUGGGUGAUGCUUCUGCUGCACGAGAAAUGUGUGAGUUUGCUUUGAGAGAGUGGAAGGCUAUCACUUCGAAGUUUGGCAUUGAAGAAGAAAACUAUUUAAAAAUGAUAAAGAAGCAUGAGUCUAGCACCACCUCUGCAGAGGACGUCAAAUCUUUCAUUUGCGGUUUGCUGAUGGACUGCUUGAAAGAUAAUUUUGAUAGAAUACUGGAUAUGAUGAAAACACUCCAAGAUUUGAAAUUGAAGUGGAGUAAAAGGAGCACUAUACUACUGAAGGUGGAUGUUAACCAUAAAGGACAUCGAAGAACUCAUUCUAGUCCCGCGAAUAUUCAAAAUAAUGAAUCUGGAACUUCUCACAAGGCCAAGAUUCACAAGAUUCGCAAACAUAAGACUCUGUCGAGUAUUUCAUUCGAGCAAAAGCAUUUUGGUGAAGACGUUUACAUAUUGGACGUUGAUAUCAAUCCUGAAAGAGUAAUAGCUAGCGCUGAAGCAGUCGAAGGUAUCCAAGAUCCAUCCAUCUCAUCGUCCGGAGGUCUAAAUCCAGAACUAAGCAUAACUCCGAAGCCACUAGAGUGCAACCACUGUUCUUGUACUUCGUCCCCAGAGUGGAGACGAGGACCAGAUGGAAAGAGAACAUUGUGCAACGCUUGUGGACUUUUUUAUUCCAAGUUGUUCAAGAAGUUUGGUAAAAAUACCGCCGUUGAGAUUAUGUAUGAAAGGAAGGAACUGGGUGCAAAAAAUGAUCGCAGCAUUCUGUAG